GGGCGCGGCGGGCGGCGGCGCAAGCGGCCCGUGCAGCGGGGCAAGCCGCCCUACAGCUACAUCGCGCUCAUCGCCAUGGCCAUCGCGCACGCCCCGGAGCGGCGCCUCACGCUGGGCGGCAUCUACCGCUUCAUCACGGAGCGCUUCCCCUUCUACCGCGACAACCCCAAGAAGUGGCAGAACAGCAUCCGCCACAACCUCACGCUCAACGACUGCUUCGUCAAGGUGCCCCGCGAGCCGGGCCAGCCGGGCAAGGGCAACUACUGGACGCUGGACCCGGCGGCCGAGGACAUGUUCGACAACGGCUCCUUCCUGCGCCGCCGCAAGCGCUUCAAGAACAGCAUCCGCCACAACCUCUCGCUCAACGACUGCUUCGUCAAGAUCCCCCGCGAGCCGGGCAACCCGGGCAAGGGCAACUACUGGACGCUGGACCCGCAGUCCGAGGACAUGUUCGACAACGGCUCCUUCCUGCGCCGCCGCAAGCGCUUCAAGCGGCACCAGCAGGAGCACCUGCGGGACCAGACGGCGCUCAUGAUGCAGGGCUUCGGGGCCUACGGCCUGGCCGGGCCCUACGGCCGGCCUUACGGCCUGCACCCCGGCGCCUACCCGCACCCGGCCGCGGCCGCCGCGCUGCAGUACCCCUACAUCCCGCCCGUCGGGCCCAUGCUGCCGCCCGCCGUGCCGCUGCUGCCUUCCAGCGAGCUGAGCCGCAAAGCCUUCAACGCGCAGCUCAGCCCCAGCCUGCAGCUGCAGCUCAACAGCCUGGGCGCCGCCGGCUCCAUCAUCAAGUCGGAGCCCAGCAGCCGGCCCUCCUUCAGCAUCGAGAACAUCAUCGGCGUGUCGGCGGCCGGCUCGGGCGGCGGCGCACAGACCUUCCUGCGGCCGCCGGUCACCGUGCAGUCGGCGCUCGUGGCGCACCAGCCGCUGGCGCUCAGCCGGACCACGGCCGCCAUCGCCCCCAUCCUCAGCGUGCCUACGAACAUCAUCUCGGGGCAGUUCCUGCAGCCCGCCGCCUCGGCCGCCGCCGCCGUGCAGGCCAAGUGGCCGGCCCAGUAAUGCCCCCGGACCAAACACUGCGGGGGGCGGGGGGGGCGGCAGCAAAGCCGAGACAGCCGCCGCGGAUCGGGUCCGGCCCC